GGAUCGUCUGGAUCGACAGCGGGCACCGGGUCAUCUGGCGUUGGAUCAUCUGGCUCGACAGCGGGCAUCGGGUCACCAGGCAUGACAGCGGGCACUGGGUCACCAGGCAUCAGGUCAUUUGGCUCGCCAGCGGGCACCGCGUCAUCUGGCAAGGCAGUGGGCACCGAGUCACCAGGCACGACAGUGGGCUCCGAGUCAACUGGCAUGACCGCGGGCACUGGGUCAGACAUUGGAUCGUCUGGCCCGACAGCGGGCAUCGGGUCACCAGGCAUGGCAGCGGGCACUGGGUCAUCAGGCAUGGGAUUGUCUGGCUCGACAGCGGGCAUCGAGUCAACUGGCCUAAUGGAAUCAUCAGGCUAGAUCAGUUCAUCAGGCUGGGCAUCAGGCUGGGUAGAGGCAUCAGGCUGAAUUGUGGGCACCGAGGCACCAGGCUGCACCACGGAAGGCAGGUUCUCAGAUGGGAGGCUGACCGGUUUGGAUACUGGCAGGAUGGUAUUGGUUGGAAAG